UCUCUCCCCCAAAAAAUACUACCCCAUAUAGUUUAGUAGUAGUAUUGAUGGAGAAGGCAACAGUGACCAUCGUAGGCAGCGGCCCCUCCGGCCUAGCAACGGCGGCGUACCUCCAUCACCUCUCCAUCCCAUACAUCCUUCUCGAGAGAGAAGACUGCUUCGCCUCACUGUGGCAAAACCACACCUACGAUCGCGUCCACCUCCAUCUCCCCAAACAACUAUGCACCCUCCCCCUCUUGCCCAUGCCCCCCCACUACCCCACCUACGUCCCUCGCCGCCUCUUCCUCGACUACCUCAACGACUACGUCACCCGCUUCCACAUCCGCCCAGUCUACCGUAGGUCGGUAGAGGCGGCGACUUACGACAACGGAGAGUGGAAGAUCGAGGCCAAGAACCUCGACUCCGGCGAAGUGGAGGAGUAUCGCUCGAGGUUUUUGGUCGUGGCCACAGGAGAAACAUGCGAUCCGAGCAUACCCGAGAUCGAGGGGCUGGGGAGCUUUACUGGGGAGCUACUGCAUUCCACCGACUAUAAGAACGGCGGUAGGUUCGCCGGAAAAAAGGUUUUGGUGGUCGGAAGUGGGAAUUCCGGCAUGGAGAUCGCAGUUGAUCUGUCCGACCACGGUGCAAGAACCUCCAUAGUCAUCCGGAGCCCGGUUCACAUAUUGUCAAGGAGAAUAGCCUAUAUGACAUUAGUUGUAAUAAAGUACUUACCAAGGAAGUGGGCUGACUCAUUUGCAACAAUGAUGAGCAAAUUUGAGUAUGGAGACUUAACAAAAUACGGAAUUCAAAGGCCUAAAAAGGGACCCUUUGCUCUCAAAGAUGACUAUGGGAAAUACCCGGUUAUUGAUGCUGGUAUUGUGGACAAGAUCAAGUCUGGGGAGAUUAAGGUAUUGCCCGGGAUUAGUACUAUAAAAGGGAAUUGCGUGACAUUUGAGAAUGAAAAAGAAGGAUAUUCAUAUGAUGUGCUAAUCUUUGCCACAGGCUUCAAAAGAUCGACCAAACAAUGGCUAAAGGAAGAUGAUAAUUUAUUAAAUGAAGAUGGGCUUCCAAAGGUCAAUUAUCCAAACCACUGGAAGAGUGUAAAUGGGCUUUAUUGUGUUGGGUUUGCCCGCAAAGGAUUGUACGGAGCUGCUAUGGAUGCCCAAAACAUAGCCCACCACAUCAAAUCUCAAAUUACUCAUUAAUCAUAUUUUAGAAAUAACUUUCAACUGUCGAUGUUGUUAGAAUGAAGAGUGACGAUGGAAGAAAAUAUUCAAAGCUACAGUCAGAUCAGUUUUAAUAAAAAAAAGAAUU